AAAUAAAUUUUUUUCUUAAUGCCUGUGUGCACGUGUGUGUUUCUUUGUGUGCUUCGUGUGCAUAUGUUGGGUAUCUGCACCUCUCUUCACGUUCCCCAGCGGCCCAAAGCACUUCUUAGCUUAUCAUGGGACUCUGCAUACGCCUGUGCCAAAUACACAGGAACACGUUCACAUACCUUCUUGCCUGUCCGCCUACUCUUCUUGCCCCACCUCCAUAGUUCUUAUAGCCACACCCUGCAAGGAAAAACCCCAGACUCCUGUGAAGGCAGAAAGCAGACAAGGAUGUAUGUGUGGGUUCAGCAGCCCACAGCCCUUCUGCUGCUGGGACUCACACUUGGAGUUACAGCAAGGCGGCUCAACUGUGUUAAACAUACCUACCCCAGUGGUCACAAGUGCUGUCGUGAGUGCCAGCCAGGCCAUGGUAUGGUGAGCCGCUGUGAUCAUACCAGGGAUACUCUAUGUCAUCCGUGUGAGACUGGCUUCUACAAUGAAGCUGUCAAUUAUGAUACCUGCAAGCAGUGUACACAGUGCAACCAUCGAAGUGGAAGUGAACUCAAGCAGAAUUGCACACCUACUCAGGAUACUGUCUGCAGAUGUAGACCAGGCACCCAACCUCGGCAGGACAGCGGCUACAAGCUUGGAGUUGACUGUGUUCCCUGCCCUCCUGGCCACUUUUCUCCAGGCAACAACCAGGCCUGCAAGCCCUGGACCAAUUGUACCUUAUCUGGAAAGCAGACCCGCCACCCAGCCAGUGACAGCUUGGACGCAGUCUGUGAGGACAGAAGCCUCCUGGCCACACUGCUCUGGGAGACCCAGCGCCCUACAUUCAGGCCAACCACUGUCCAAUCCACCACAGUCUGGCCCAGGACUUCUGAGUUGCCCUCUCCACCCACCUUGGUGACUCCUGAGGGCCUGGGCCUGGGCCUGCUGGCUCCCUUGACUGUCCUGCUGGCCUUGUACCUGCUCCGGAAGGCUUGGAGAUUGCCUAACACUCCCAAACCUUGUUGGGGAAACAGCUUCAGGACCCCGAUCCAGGAGGAACACACAGACGCACACUUUACUCUGGCCAAGAUCUGAGCAUUACUACAGGAGUGGAUUUUAUGGGGCACGGACAACCCAUAUCCUGAUGCCUGCCAGUACCCUCCACACCGUUCUAGGUGCUGGGCUGGCUCUGGGCUUUCCUAUGUAUGCUAUGCAUACUACCUGCCUGGUGGUGCUCCUAAUAAACAUGCUAGCAGCUGUGAGUCUGUGACUGGCA